CUUUCGCUCUUCCUUCAGUGUAAAUUGCAAUGGCGCCCGGCAGCGCCAGCGCAACGAAGGAAAGUGACACAGAUGAAGAAUAUUUGAUUUCUAUGGCAAGGUGUUGCCAAAAAAAUGAUACAUUCUCCACAAAGUCAUGGAUAUUAACAGCAAAAACGUUGUUCCCGGAUAAUUUCGGGAUACAGUACGAAGCAUACUGCUUGGCAAAAGACAAUGGUAACACUAAGGAAGCAUCAAACUACUUAGAAGAAAUGUUUAGAAAGUUUACGACAGAACAUCGACUGUGGGAUGAGGUGUACAAAAUUGCGAACGCCCUGCGGGCUGAUGCAUUGGACGCUGAAGCAGUUUUUCUGAAAGAUAUGUUCAGCCAUCUUCCAACAGCAUCACAACAUGACAUCCUUUUGUCAAUUGCAGAACACUGUAUGGACACUGCAGAACAUUGCUGCCUAAUGUUAUUGCUGUUGCAGAAGUUCCCAGAAAAAGUUGCUGAACACGGCCUCAAGCUUAUUGAUACACUGCAAAUGGCUGAGAAGCACAGCCACUGCCAGUCACCAGUGAACCAGUUCAGAAAGCUACUCGUAUGUGAUGUGGCACCUCUGGUUCUCAAAGCGGGCAUGGAACUUCCUGCCAAGCAGACGUUUCGCCUCAUACAUAAAUGCAUUGAGUUUUAUGUGGCUUACAUACAUACUCCAAGUUCUCCGACAAAGUUGAAGUUGGAUUUUCCGUCCAAGUCAUGUACUGAAAAUGAACCUUCAAGUGCAAGCUUAGAGGCUGACCUGUGGGCCCAACUGUUCUCCUUCAUGGCAACAGCUGGGUACAGGCUGCAUUGGGAAUUGUCAGACCUCCUAACUGACCCAAUGGUUGCUUGUACCGAUGCACAGUGGCAACGAGCAAAGAGCCUUCUUGUUGCUCGUAACCUGCCAGCCGAUUACUCAGUCUCUGGUGAAGGAGAGGAUGCUUAUGCUGCCCAGCACAAGCAGGUCUUUUACUGUACUGUCAUCAGAUUCCUACAUUCUCUGUACAACUAUGGAAAAUGUGUAAAUCCAUCAUGGUUCCCAGGUUCAAGUUCUGCUAACGCUGUACGAUGCAUCUUGAUAGAAGCGGUGCGUUGGUUGAGUACACAAACAGAACAGCCAAAGCAGAAGAAGAGGAAAGUGGAUGCUGAUCAGAAGGAGAUGGAGCCUCCAAGUCUUACUGUCAGCAAGUGUGUGACACCGGAAACUGCAGUGUUACUCACGCAAAGCUUCCUAACUGCCAUCAAGUGUUGGUCAAUCCUACAAUACCUGAAAAAAGAGUUAGCCCGGCUCUCGCAGCAGAUACACAUGGAAGAAUGGCCGUGGUUUCAGUGUUUUCUGAUUGACUCUCUUAUGUAUCAGGAACAAUAUAAGGAAGGAAUAAAUAAGCUCUUUAAAGUUGUUGAAGGUACAGCAGAUGCUGCAAUAACUAAUAAGGCCAACUUGCAGCUGGCAAGCUGUUUCUACUCUCUGGGUGACUACUCUACUGCUUGCUCAAAACUGCUUGAGGUUGUGUGUUCUCUUCCUGAAACAAGUGUUGCUGCUGCACCAACUUCUUAUCACCCUCCUGAGGCUCUGCCAAGAAAAAGUGAACGAAAACUUGUAUUUCUUUGCUAUGACCGGAGUGAAAUUUUGCGUUACUGCAUGAAAGCUCUCAUCACUUGCUUCAAGGAGAAGGUACUUGCUCAGUUUUCUGAGGAUGACCUUGCCCUGGGCCACCUCAUUGUGAUGGCACAGUACGAUUGGCCAGAGGAGGAGCAGUUGUUCCUUAAGCUGCUUGAAAUCAUCAAGAAACAAGGCACAUUUUGCUAUAGCUUGUUCUUUAACUACAUUAUAAAUGCUGACAUGCUGGAAGAGUUUAUGUACAUGACUACAAGUAAUGGUGGAAAUGUUGUCCUGGAUCUUCUACCCUCAUCCACAACGCAGGUUGGGAGACAGAGGGCUGUGACCCGUGGCGUGAACAAGGGUGCCAAAGAGGACCUCAAGUUAGCCAUGGAGAAACAGAUGACACGGAGCGAAGACGACAUGGAACAGCUCUUGAUUCAGUUCAUCCAGGAGGAACGCGAUUUACUCCAGCAGCAGCUCUAGCCAAUCAUGCAGGAGCAACGUGCGACUUCCUACCAUUGUGUAUAAAAGCUGAGGCAUUAUUGCAGAUUAUAAUUCAUCGUGUCUAUGUGGA